GAAGCUUGGUCCGGUGACCAGCCUGCUCAUUGAACUUAAAAGCAAUUGUUAGGAAGAACAUUUGCAAAACUGUACUGUUAAUAUGUUUUUAUUAAGUUGGGCUUAUUAUUCCAGAAAUAACUAUAAAGUUUUUCUGGAUACAUUUCAAAAUGCAUGCCUUUUAGUAGGAACUGCUUUCCCUUCUCAUAAAUCCAGCCGGACCUUUUUACCGACGUACGCGUUCACUCAGGAGCAGAAUUCGUCACGCCGUUCUGCCAAUUAGUUUCUUUUAAGACUUUGGAAACACUUUAUCGGGAUUCGAAUAUCAGUUUUCGGGUCUGUGUUUAAACUACGCGGAAUCUCGUGGUGAAAUAAGAUCACGAGCGUGACCGAAUAACAACUGACAUAAUGGCAACGGACUCCUGGGCCCUGGCUGUAGACGAACAAGAAGCCGCUGCGGAAUCGAUUGGUAGCCUGCACAUCAAAGACAAGCCUGAGGAAAAUGGCACAGCAAGCACUGAAACAACAACCACAGCAGCAAGUUCUUCAACAUGUUCAAAAGCAGAAGCAGGAGAAGGAGACAAAACAGGGGAGGAGGAUGACAAAGAUGACAAGGCGGCCCAGUCAUUGUUAAAUAAGUUGAUACGCAGUAACCUAGUGAACACAACCAAUCAGGUGGAGGUUCUUCAGCGGGAUCCUAACUCUCCUCUCUACUCUGUCAAAUCAUUUGAGGAGCUGCGGCUUAAACCUCAGCUACUUCAGGGAGUGUACGCCAUGGGUUUCAACCGCCCCUCCAAAAUCCAAGAGAAUGCUUUACCCAUGAUGCUUGCAGAACCUCCACAGAACCUAAUAGCCCAAUCUCAGUCAGGAACCGGGAAGACUGCUGCCUUCGUCCUGGCCAUGCUCAGUCACGUUGACCCCAACAACAAGUUUCCUCAGUGUUUGUGUGUAUCUCCUACCUAUGAGCUGGCCUUACAGACAGGGAAGGUCAUUGAACAGAUGGGGAAGUACUACUCGGAGGUCAAACUUGUCUACGCCAUUAGAGGAAACAAAUUGCAGAGAGGUACUCAGCUCCAGGAACAGAUAGUAAUUGGGACGCCAGGCACCAUGCUGGACUGGUGUUUGAAGUUCAAGUUCAUCGACCCCAAGAAGAUCAAAGUUUUUGUCUUGGACGAGGCUGACGUCAUGAUUGCCACACAGGGACACCAGGACCAGAGCCUACGCAUUCAGAGGAUGUUGAAUAAGCAGUGCCAGAUGCUCCUGUUCUCAGCCACAUUUGAGGAGACUGUUUGGAACUUUGCCCAGCGCAUGGUCCCAGACCCCAACAUCAUAAAGCUGAAGAGAGAGGAGGAGACGCUGGACACCAUUAAGCAGUACUAUGUCCUCUGUAAUAGCAAAGAGGAGAAAUUCAUGGCACUCUGCAACAUCUACGGCGCCAUCACCAUUGCCCAGGCCAUGAUAUUCUGUCACACCAGAAAGACCGCUGGCUGGCUGGCUGGUGAGCUGUCCCGGGAGGGCCACCAGGUGGCGCUGCUUAGUGGGGAGAUGCAGGUGGAGCAGAGAGCUUGCGUCAUCGACCGCUUCAGAGACGGAAAGGAGAAAGUUCUGGUCACCACUAACGUCUGUGCCAGAGGUAUCGAUGUGGAGCAGGUUUCUGUGGUGAUAAACUUUGACCUACCAGUGGACAGAGAUGGUAACCCGGACAAUGAGACGUACCUGCAUCGGAUUGGUCGCACAGGUCGUUUUGGGAAGAGAGGAUUGGCCAUCAAUAUGGUGGACAGCAAGUUCAGCAUGAAUGUCCUCAACAAGAUCCAGGAUCACUUCAAUAAGAAAAUUGAAAAGCUGGACACUGAUGAUCUGGAUGAGAUUGAAAAAAUAGCCAGUUGAAGACAGUAUGUCUACUAAAACCACAUGACUGCUCCAGACUCAGCAACCCCACGAACUACUACAUUUUUAUCUUUUUAUUUUUAGCGUCAGGGGGAAAAAAGCGAAACCAUAAACAGAACUAUAAUGUUUACUUGGGGGGGAAAUGGCUUAUCUCUCGUUUUAAGUCCCUGAAAUUUACCUGUUUCACUCUUUGUACUUUUUAAUGAAUAAAGUCUGUAAUAUUAGCAAAUCUUUGAUUUUGUAAAUGUGCGUAGUAAUUUCAUGGUCAUUAUGGAUCACUAUGGAUCACAAUGGCUUGAGCCUGUUUGGUAUUUAAAAAAUAUUCAAAUUAAAUGUUGCUACUGCUA